UGUCUCGUGCUCUCACUCUGAGUGUGUCUCGUCUUCAACUGCUCAAAGGGCGUCACCGGUCUCUGCAGACCUCCUUGCUGCUCCACUGAAGGGUGUGGGUGACUUGAGUUCCAGAGAAGCUUUGAAUAACACAGAGAGGGGAGAAAUAAAAGGAAUAAGCCCCACAAGCCCCCAGUCAUCCAGCAGAACAGAGAAGACACAGGAAUAACCAUGCCUGAGCCAGUCCCUGAAGCUAAACCAGGAGAUGAUGCAACACACGCAGAUGGAGCAGGUUCAGAAACUGAUGACUAUGAGUCUGGGUCCACUCAGCUCAGUGGACUUUUUGUCGAGAAGCCACCGAGCAGCGUAGUCGCUGUUGCAGGACAGGAUAUAACUUUUAUAGCCAAGGUAGACUCCAGCAGCCUGCAAAGAAAACCCACCAUGAAAUGGCUGAAGGGCAAGUGGCUGGACCUCGCCAGCAAAGCUGGAAAACACUUGCAGUUCAAAGAAACAUAUGACAGAAAUACUAAGAUCUAUACUUAUGAAAUGAAGAUCAUCAAAGCGGUCCCUGGAGAUGCCGGAGGCUACAGGUGCGAGGUGACAGCCAAAGAUGUGUGUGACAGCUCCACCUUCGAGAUCUCCGUGGAGGUCGCCCAACAGGAUGAUCAAGCUGACAUUUUGUCUGCUUUCAAGAGAGCAGAUGCUGGAGAGGAUGAAGGAGAUCUGGACUUCAGUGCUCUGCUGAAAGCUGCUAAAACGAAGAAAAAACCCGAAAAAGAGGAACCAGAGAUAGAUGUGUGGGAGUUGCUUAAAAGUGCUCACCCAAGCGAGUAUGAAAAAAUCGCCUUUAAGUAUGGCAUCACUGACCUGAGGGGCAUGCUGAAACGUCUAAAGAAGAUGAAAGCGGAGCCCAAGCAUAGCGAGGCUUUCCUGAAGAAGCUUGAAUCCUGCUACACUGUGGAAAAGGGCAAGAAAAUUGUGCUGUCGUGCGAUGUGGUUGAUCCUAACGUCCACGUCAAAUGGCUGAAGAAUGGCCAAGAGAUCAAGCCCUCAGCCAAGUUUGUUAUGGAGGCAAAUGGGAACAUCAGGACACUCACCAUCAAUAAGACGACCCUGGCUGAUGAUGCUGCGUACGAGUGUGUGGUUGGCGAUGACAAGUGUUCCACAGAGGUGUAUGUUAAAGAGCCCCCCGUGACCAUCACCAAGCUGAUGGACGACUAUCACGUGGUCGUGGGAGAAAGAGUGGAGUUUGAGCUUGAGGUGUCUGAGGAGGGCGCUCACGUGAUGUGGUUCUUUGAGGAUCAAGAGCUUCACAAAGACAAGGAGUCCACAAAGUAUCGCUUCAAAAAGGAUGGGAAAAAACACACGCUUAUCAUUCAGGAGGCGACGCUGGACGAUGCUGGAAUGUAUCACGCUUGGACAAACGGAGGGCAUACCAAAGGAGAGCUGGAGGUGGAAGAAAAGGAACUGGAAGUUUUGCAGGACAUUGCUGAUCUGACAGUCAAGGCAACAGACCAGGCUGUGUUCAAGUGUGAAGUGUCUGAUGACAAGGUCACAGGGAAGUGGUUCAAAGAUGGAGUAGAGGUCUUACCGAGCGAGCGCAUCAAAAUGACUCACGUUGGAAGGUUUCACAGAUUAGUUAUUGAUGACGUGAAGCCAAACGAUGCUGGAGACUACACAUUCGUUCCAGAUGGAUACGCCCUGUCGCUUUCUGCCAAGCUGAACUUUUUGGAAAUUAAGAUUGACUAUGUGCCCAGACAAGAUCCUCCAAAGAUCCACCUGGACACCACUGGAAACAUGGUCUCCCAGAACACUAUUAUAGUGGUGGCAGGCAACAAACUCCGUCUGGAUGUGGAGAUCACUGGAGAGCCUGCACCCACUGUGGUCUGGUCCAAAGGAGAUCAGCCGAUCACAGAAAGUGAAGGUCGUGUGAGAGUGGAGGCCAGGAAGGACCUCAGCUGCUUUGUCAUUGAGGGCGCAGAGAGAAGCGAUGAAGGCAACUACACCAUCAUCGUCACUAACCCCGCAGGAGAGGACAAGGCCGUGCUGUUUGUGAAAAUUGUGGAUGUGCCCGACCCUCCUGAGAAUGUCAAAUGCACGGCGGUGGGAGAGGACUGUGCUACCAUUAUUUGGGAGCCUCCUAAAUUUGAUGGUGGUGCACCAAUCAAAGGUUACCUCAUGGAAAGAAAGAAGAAAGGCUCCUCCCGAUGGACAAAGCUGAACUUUGAUGUUUACGAGUCAACGACAUAUGAAGCUAAGAGGAUGAUUGAAGGAAUUCUGUAUGAAAUGAGGGUGUUUGCUGUUAACAGCAUCGGCAUGUCUCAGCCGAGUCUCAACUCCAAACCCUUCAUGCCCAUCGCCCCAACUAGUGAGCCGACGCGUCUAACAGUCCACGAUGUGACAGAUAGCACAUGCAGCUUGAAGUGGCUCGCCCCGGAGAAGAUUGGAGCUGGGGGCCUGGAUGGCUAUGUUAUCGAGUACUGCAAGGAGGGAGACACUGAGUGGGUAGUUGCAAACAAGGAUCUUUGUGAGAAGCAGGGAUAUGUGGUGCGUGGCCUCCCCGUGGGGGAGAAGAUCAACUUCAGGGUGGUGGCAGUAAAUAUUGCUGGUCGCAGUCUGCCCGCUAUAUUGUCACAACCUGUUACCAUCCGUGAGAUUGUUGAACAUCCAAAGAUCCGCCUUCCUCGCGACCUGAGAACAAAAUACAUUAGAAAAGUGGGAGAAAAGAUCAACCUGACCAUCCCUUUCCAGGGAAAGCCACACCCUGUCGCGACUUGGUUCAAGGAUGGUCAACCAAUUGACCCCAAGAUGGUGAACGUCCGUAACACAAACGUAGACAGCAUAUUUUUCAUCCGCUCAGCCGAGAGGGAGCACUCUGGGAUGUACGAGUUGGUUCUAAAGAUUGAGAACAUGGAGGACAGGGCCACCAUUAACAUCAGGGUUAUCGAGAAACCUGGACCUCCUCAGAAUGUGAGAGUGACAGACGUGUGGGGCUUCAACGCAGCUCUGGAGUGGGACCCCCCAAAAGAUGAUGGCAACAGUGAGAUCACUGGGUACACCAUCCAGAAAGCAGACAUGAAGACCAAGGAAUGGUUCAGCGUUUACGAACACAACAGACGGCCAAACUGCACGGUUUCAGAUCUGAUCAUGGGUAAUGAGUACAUGUUCCGAGUCUACAGCGAGAACCUCUGCGGCCUGAGCGAGGAGCCGCGCAACAGCAAGAACACAGCCACCAUUGCUAAGACAGGCCUGGAGUACAAACCAAGCCACUUUAAGGAGAAGGACAUGGCUUGUGCACCCAAGUUUACUCAGCCGCUGAUGGACAGAUCUGUCGUAGCGGGUUACAGCACUGCCAUCAGCUGCUCUGUGAGAGGCUUUCCCAAGCCUAAGAUUGUGUGGAUGAAGAACAAAAUGAUCAUCGGUGAGAAUCCCAAAUACUUGAUGCAAAACAACCAGGGAGUGCUGACCCUCAACAUUCGGAAGCCGAGCACUUUUGACGGGGGCAAAUACUCCUGCAUGGCUGUCAACGACUUGGGCAAGGAUGAAGUGGAGUGCAAGCUAGACAUCCGAGUUGCCACAGAUCCAGACAAGAAAUGAGAAGCCAAACAGCAAAGAAUGUGAAGAUGAACCAAACAGUGAAUAAUGAGUGAAUGUUACCACGCAGGGUACAAGUUAUACAAGGAGUGAAGCAAAUAAAAUGUAUUGAUGCCUG